AUGCAACAGCUCACAAUAUUCAUGGAUAUCGAGAGUUCACGUUCAUAUAUAGACGAGAUUUAUUCGUCGAAUCCAGAGAAACUGUUGGAGGCUUUGGUCACUUUGAAGAAUUCAGUGAUUGGCAGUAACAGACAAAAGAGUUCGGUGAUACAACAAGGAAUAGUUCCUAGACUGUUGCAGCUUAUGACGGACGAUGGCCUCGAUCCCAAUAUAAGGCUUGAAGCAACGAUCACAAUUGGAUCCCUAGCCAAAGGAACACCGGAAAAUGUGGCAUCACUUGUUGAGCAAGGGACAACUAUAGUUCUUGUGGAGUUGUUGAAAGUAGUGCCGACUGGUACAAAGCUAGCAGAAGCAUGUCUGUGUGCCCUCAGGAGUAUAUUUCAACAUCCCCCAGCACCAAUAGGUGCCCUCCCCGCUGAUAUGAGGCUGCUAGGAAGAUUAACAGUAAUAGCCAGGGAGGGUUCCCUGACGGCGCGCGCGUGCGUGGUCCGUAUCCUGUCAAUAUGGUGCGGAGGUCCGUUGGAACAGGAGGCUUUGUGUGCGGCGGGAGCUUGUGCGGCGGUGGCAGCCCUGUUGGCAGCCAGGCCAGAUGCUGCCCCUCCACUGGCAAGAGCGUUGCCAGCUCUGGAUCUAUUAGCAGCCAUGUGCUUCGAAAAUGCCAGUGUUUCGCAGGUCGCACUCACAACAAGACACGGCGACAAAACAAUUCCUGAGUUAUUAAUGGCGUUGGUAUCAAGAGACAAACCACUUCCGGUGGCUAUGGGUGCUGCUAGAUGUCUUACAUUCAUACAUCGAGCCGGUGCAUUAUCAGCUGAUGAUAAUAGGGUGGUAUUUGGAGCGUUGCCUUGUUUGGCGAGAUUGUGUACAAAGGAUAUGCCCGAAGACAUCAGAGCGACCGCUGCUGAGACUUUAGCUUAUUUGGCAGAAGUGGACACAUCCCUUCAAAGGCUGGCAGCUAUUUCAAAUCACCUGAUGAGUUCCUUAGCUGAUAUAGUCACGUGUUCGUCAUCAGCGGCCAAGCAGGGCGCCUUCAAGUGUUUUGCAUCACUGGGAGCCAACGAUGAAGACAUUCGGAAGAAGAUCAUAGAAACACACAGCAUCAUGGUUCAUGUAGUCAAUGGAAUGAACAAUCAAGAGGCGUCGGUAAGGUUGGCGGCUGUAAGAUGUCUCCAUUCAUUGUCAAGGUCAGUUCAGCAGUUACGGACGACGUUUCAGGAUCACGAGGUAUGGCGACCAUUAAUGUUCCUCUUGAACGACUCACCGGGAACCGAACUCCUGACCGUUGGAUCUUCGACUCUGUGCAACUUGCUCCUUGAAUUCUCUCCCGCCAAAGAACCCAUGUUAGACCAAGGUGCUGUUGAGAUGUUGUGUGGUCUCACCAGGCGGCCGGAGGCGGCGCUGAGGCUGAACGGUAUCUGGGCGCUCAUGAAUAUGGCCUUCCAGGCUGAACAGAAGGUAAAGCAGCGGAUUCUGUGUUGUUUAGGCACGGAACAGAUGUUCAGAUUACUAGGGGACGGAGAUACGAGGGUCAUCAUGAAGACUUUGGGUUUGUUAAGAAAUCUGUUGUCCACUAGGCACCACAUUGACGCUAUCAUGGCGGAAUAUUCUUCGCAAGUUAUGCAGGUUAUAGGACCUAAUAAUUCACUUAACGUUUUAAGGGCUGUGAUAGUAGUGUUGGAAGGUUCGUAUCCAGCGGAGGUGAAGGAACAAGCGCUGUGCAUCCUCGGGAAUAUUGGAGACGGAGAGAAGGCCAAGGACCUCAUCAUGGAUAACGAAGAUGUGCUCAGGAAACUAGUCGAUUAUCUGGCGCACCCUGAGUCUAAACUGCAAGAAGCAGCUUUAUUCGUGGCUGGUAACCUAGUGUGGCGCGGCGAGGCGGGCGCGGCGGCACGUCAGCAGCGGUUGGCCGACCUCGGCGUACUGCGCGCCCUCAAGCUCCUGCGGGCCAGGCACGACGCACACCACCUGCACGACAAGUAUGAUAAUAUAUAG